AUGAAUAUUUCUUCUUCCUCCUUAAAGUACCUGGAUCUUCGUUAUACUAAUCUGCGAGGUGUUCUCACAGAGAGCUUUUUCCUUCUGCCAAACAGCUUGGAUACGCUCUAUUUGAGAGGGAAUGAUCUUCUCAAAGGAGUUUUUCCAAAGAUCCACCGGAGAAACACUCUGUUAAUGGAGUUGGAUAUUUCAGGCACAGGCAAUCUGACACAAAUUACGGACUUGCUUUUAUCUUAUAAUCAUUUCACUGGCCAUAUUCCUUCCACAAUCUCUAAAUUGAAGCACCUCAAAAAUUUCCAUCUUUCUGACAACUCCUUUUCAGGUGAAAUUCCUGAUGUUUUCUCUAACCUCCAAGAGCUAUAUUAUUUACAUCUUUCUGAAAACAGCUUCACUGGUCCAUUUCCUGCUUCAAUUUUAAGUUUGACACAUCUUAAAUACUUAGACAUGUCGAGUAAUUCCCUAUCUGGCCCACUGCCUAGCAACCCAAGCAUGCUUCAAAAUCUAACUUAUGUGAAUUUGUCGUACAAUUCACUGAAUGGUAUCAUACCAUCUUGGGUGUUUAGCCUACCUUUUCUAUCUUCAGUGUUGCUCCAACACAACCGAUUCAGAGGACUAGCCGAUGAAGUGAUCAAAACAAACCCAACAUUAAAAGAACUGCAUUUAAGCAAUAAUCAACUCAGUGGUUCUUUUCCUCAAUCACUUGUGAAUCUCACAAACGUUGAAACCCUUGGAAUUUCAUCAAAUAACAUCACCAUUGAUGAGGGAAUGAAUAUCACCUUUCUAAGCCUAUCAUCUUUAUUCUUAUCAUCUUGUCAACUGAAGGAUUUUCCACACUUCUUGAGAAAUGUAAAGACACUUGUGUACUUGGAUAUUUCUAACAAUAAGAUUCAUGGUCAAAUCCCUAACUGGUUUAGCGGCAUGAGAUGGGACUCGUUACAGUUCCUAAACCUUUCUCAUAAUUCAUUGGCAAGCCACCUACCACAAUUUCAUUACUAUAACGUACAGUAUCUUGAUCUGAAAUUUAACUCCCUUCAGGGUCCACUACCUUCAUCCAUUUGUAACAUGAGUUCGCUUAUCUUAUUAGAUUUAUCACGCAACAACUUCAGUGACUCAGUUCCACAUUGCUUGGGAAGCAUGGCUAGUCUAACGGUGCUAGACUUAAGAAGGAACAAUUUCACAGGGAGUCUUCCCCCAUUAUGUGCACACAGCACUUCGUUGAGUACCAUUGUCAUAAAUGGUAAUCAAUUUGAAGGACCUGUACCUGUGUCGUUGCUCAAGUGUGGUGGUCUAGAAGUACUUGAUGUGGGGAACAAUGCUAUAAAUGACAGGUUUCCAUCUUGGCUCGGAACUCUUGAAUACCUGCAGGUCCUUAUAUUAAAGUCGAACAAGUUCCAUGGACCUAUAAUGGCUCACUUCCUGCAAAAGUUUUUGGAAACUUCAAGGCAAUGA